ACCACCGCACACCAAAACUGGAUUGUUUUUGCGACGUCGCGUUUUCUUUUUCGGCUGGAACUCAUUAGAAAACACCUGCGUGGAAAUGCCGAGAAAGCAAAAGGAGAUUAAAGCACAAGCCUUCACGGUGAAGGCCACCAUGAAGAACUCUGUGGUCCUGGGUCCUCCCCCUGCUGGGGCCUACCGGGAACGACCCGCUGGACCGACAACGUUCCGCAAGUUCUACGAGCGCGGAGACUUUCCAAUGGCUCUGCAGCACAGCUCCAAAGGGAACAGGAUUGCAUGGAAGGUAGAGAUUGAGAAGCUGGACUAUCACCACUACUUACCUCUGUUCUUUGAUGGCUUGUGUGAGACCGUCCAUCCAUACGAGUUCUUCGCCCGGCAGGGGAUCCAUGACAUGCUGGAGCACGGAGGCCCCAAGAUCCAGCCUGUCAUUCCACAACUCAUCAUCCCCAUCAAGAAUGCCCUCAACACGAGGAACCGCCACGUCAUCUGCAACACCCUGAAGGUCCUGCAGCAUCUGGUGAUGUCUGGAGAGAUGGUGGGGGAGGCGCUGGUGCCCUACUACAAACAGAUCCUCCUCGUUCUCAACAUGUACAAGAACAUGAACAUCAACUCAGGCGAUGGAAUCGACUACAGCCAACAGAAGAGAGAGAACAUCGGUGACCUGAUCCAGGAGACUCUGGAGAUGUUUGAACGAUACGGAGGAGAGGACGCCUUCAUAUACAUCAAGUACAUGGUACCGACCUACGAGUCCUGCUUGAUCACAUGAUCAGGGCUGUCACAGGGGCACGGAGAAACCACCGUCUGUGUCUUUGUGUCUGUGUUUUACUCACCCUCU